AUGGAGUUCCAGCGGAACAAAACCAUGCUACUAGCCAUGGCGACCUCCCCUCACCUAAAGCUCGUCUUGCUCGCUAUCCUGCUAGCCUCGUUUCGGCAAGCCAUGGCGGCACCACCUCCCUCCCUCCUGGAAGAACAUGCAGGAGCCCUCCUCGCCUGGAAAGCCACCAUCCAAAGCCCUCCAGCCCAGCUCCAGUCCUGGGGAAACACCACAACACGGCCAUGCGGCUGGUACGGCAUCAAGUGCGGCCAGCAUCGAGCGAGGCGCCAAGAGGUGGUGAUCACCGAGAUCUUUCUCCGGGGGUUGCGGCUGAGAGCGAGGCUGGACGCCCUCAACUUCACGGUGUUGCAUACUCUCACGAGUAUCCGGCUCCCCUUCAACCAGAUAAGGGGCCCCUUUCCACCCGCUUUAGCAUCAUCCCUGCCAAACCUGCGGCACCUACUGCUCCAGGGAAAUAAAAUCUCCGGUGAAAUACCAUGGCAAAUAAAACACCUCGAGAGUCUAGUGGGGUUGGUUUUGUCAGAAAACCACUUCUUUGGUCACAUCCCCAUUGAAGUAGGCUACCUAAAGAAGCUGACCAGGCUAGAUUUUUCCAGCAGCAACCUCACAGGCACCAUUCCAAGGAGCCUAGGGAAUUGCACUAAACUCACUAUCUUGUACCUUGAUGGUAACCAGUUAUCCGGAUUACUUCCUCAAGAACUAGGUUACCUAGUGAGAUUACAAGAAUUAGCUCUUAGCAGCAACAAACUCAUGGGUUCCAUCCCCAAUACACUUGAGAGUUUGAUUAACCUCAUUCGGUUGUACCUAUGGGAUAACCAACUCUCCGGACAUAUUCCUCGAGAACUAGGUUCCCUUGUGACUCUACAAAAAUUGGAACUUAGUGGAAACAAACUCAUAGGCCCCAUCCCCAAUACCUUCGGAAAUUUGACAAAGCUCACUACCUUGCACCUAUUUGAUAACCAACUCUCAGGACAUGUUCCUCGAGAACUAGGUUACAUGGUGAAUCUGGAAGAGUUGGAGCUUAGUGAAAACAAACUCAUGGGUUCCAUCCCUAAUACCUUUGGAUAUUUGACCAAUCUCAUUACCUUGUACUUAUCUUAUAACCAACUCUCCAUGCUUGUUCCUCGAGAACUAGGUUCCAUGGUAAAUAUAGAAUCGUUGGACCUUAGCGACAACAAACUCAUGGGAUCUAUCCCCAAUAGCUUUGGAAAUUUGACCAAGCUCAUUGUCUUAUACCUCGGUGGUAAUCAAUUCUCUGGACAUGUUCCACCAGAAAUUGGUAGCUUAAUGGAUCUCAUAGAUCUUCAAUUUUAUAGUAACAAUCUCUUCGGUGCCUUGCCACCUAACUUGUGUGUUGGUGGCAUGCUCGAGACAUUAGCUGCAUUUGACAACAAUCUCAAUGGACCUCUGCCAUCAAGUUUGGCAAGCUGCAGAAGCCUAGUUAGAGUUCGCCUUCAAAGGAAUCAAAUAGAAGGAGAUAUUUCUGAGAUGGGGCUUUAUCCAAAUAUGGUCUAUAUGGAUAUGAGCUCAAAUAAACUAUUUGGUCAAUUAUCUUAUCACUGGGGGGGGGGGAUGUCAUAA